AAAGAAAAAAAAAGUUCAAUUAAAUCAUAUUUAAAUUAGAGAAAAUUAUAUAGGAAAGGAAAAGAAACAUUUACCGAAAAAUUGUAUAUCGUUGCACAUGUAAGACAUUAUACAUACUUGCCUACAUACACUUAUAAUAUAAGAAAAGUCCGUGACAGUCAGUCAGUGCGAUAUGUAUGCUGAAUGUGUGAGCGUAUGUAUAUGCAAGCACAAUAAUUUAUGGAUUUCUUAGAUGUCCUUGCUGGCAAUGUAUAAAACAAAAGAGCGAAAGAGAGUACAUUUCGUAACACUAUCGCCAACUAGUAAUAAGCAACAAUAAUAACUGAAAGACCGAAAAACGACAAUAGAAGGAGAAACUUUCUACAAAUUUUAUGGAAAUCCACUAAAUAAAUAAAAUUUAUAUAAAUAUUCCCUGGAAAAAAUUCUAAGCUUUAUAGCACAAUGAACAGCGAUGAGGUCUACGAGAUCAAGAGAACCUGGGAAAUACCAGCGACCACACCCACUGAAUCAGGUGUAGCGAUUUUAAUACGAUUUUUUACCAAAUAUCCGUCCAAUUUACAAAAGUUUUCAACAUUUAAAGACAUGACAUUAGAUGAAUUGAAAAAUAAUCCACGUUUUAAGGCCCAUGCCAAUAGAAUUAUGAAAGUAUUUGAUGACUCCAUAAAAACGCUGGACGACAAUUGUUCGCAUCUAGAAGAAAUAUGGACCAAAAUAGCUCAGUCACAUUUCAAUCGUCAAAUUGAGAAACAAUCUUUCAAUGAGUUGAAGGAAGUCAUUUUGGAAGUACUGGUGGCUGCCUGCAAUUUGAAUGAUCAACAAACCGAAAUUUGGUUGAAGCUAUUGGAUUUCGUAUAUGAGAUCAUAUUCAAGACUAUAGAUCAACUAGAGCAGGAUGUAUAAUGAAAUGAUAAGAUUUAUUAAAUGGAAUAUUAAAGGAGCAUUCACAGACCAAUGGCAGUUUGCAAUAAAAUAUAUAAAUAUUUCAUUUCUUAAAUAAGAACAUCUUAAGAUUUACGUUAUAUCAUGUCCUUUAUGUUAACUCCUCUUCUACCCAUCAAUAUCGAUGUAUUAAUGUAGCAAAUCGAUGAGAAAUUUGCGUUUCAAACCUUGAAUACACAAAAAAUAAUAAAAAAAAAAUAAUAAUCACAGAAUAUAUAUUUAUCACCAAUUAAC